UCUUCGAGAGCCGUGUGUUGUUGUUCGUGUUCCAAGUAGGCCGUGUCGUGGCUCUCUUUUUUCGUAGGUCAACGCUUGCUAGCGCUGCCCAGAGUUGCACACACAGGUGAAGGUGGCGUGAAGAGCGCGGCUGACUUGCCAUUAGCGGCUUGAUUGAUUGAUUGAUUUGAACGCACACACUCUCGCACCUGAGCCGCGUGUCUGGUCCGGGCGAGUUGGAGUUUCGUUCAGUUCAUUGUUGUGCGAGGGUGGUGUCAGUCGUGGUGCGGUGCGUUUCGCGGUACGUCGUCGUGUUUGACAAGUGCAGACAACUGAGUGGUGCGUUACGGCGAAAGGAAGAAGAGAUGGAACAAACGCAGUUCCGGCGUGAAGGAUUAUUAGCAGUAGUAGGCAGUGGGUAGUUCCCGUUGAGUGACAACGCACGCACGUGCGGCAAGUGUUUUGUGUAUUGAAAACGGUUCCCGAGUUCCGAGGCUGACAAGUGACAGUGACAACCCCUUCGGCAGGGUGUGUACUUAGCGGUACUAAACACGUGUGUGCAUAAAACAAACGAAACAAAACCGGCUCAGCAGCAACGCUGUAUUCUGUGAUUUAGUAGCAAAAAACGUGUAGUGCAAGUAGUUUUAAUCAUGCUGUGCAGAAGUCCCCCUCCGGCGAGUCCGGCCGUGUCGGAGAUCUCCGUCGGAUCGCCGAGUCCACCUCCGGUAGACCAUCACCAUCAUCACCUCCACCACCUGUCCCUGCAUCCAGCGCAUCUUGGCGGCAGCAGCAGCAGCAGUCGAAGAUCCGCCGAAGGCGACGACUACUUCAGCCCGCUCAAGCGUCUCCGCAUGGAGCAGCCCAGUACAAGUCCCAAAUCGGACACAACGAGCCCACCCCCGCGAAUCACCCCACCAAGUCCCCCGGCACCUCCACCCGUGGCAGUUGCUCCUACCCUACCCAAGCCCGCCACCGUCGAAGGUGUCAAAUCUUUCUCGAUAGCGGACAUCCUCGGCCGGGACACCGAAAGCAGCAAUCGUGAUACUGCCCUGGCGCUCCAUCACCACCACAGUACGCUCCAGGCGGCGGCCACCAAGAUCGUGCGGCCAUGGGACCACCUCCGAGGACCCAUCCCCGUGCGACCGUUCCUACCCCCGGCCCUGCUCCACUACGAGCACCGGCUAAUGCUGGACUACAACGCCCAACUGCAGGAGCACUUUCGGGCGCACGCCCAUGCCCAGGUCCAGCUUCUCCGCCACAUGAACAUGGACAUCAUCCCCUCGGAAAGUGGAUCCGAACGGUCCAGUUCGGCGGCCAGCGGCGAUUGCUGCUCGCCCGAGAUUGGACGCACCUCGGAGCACCAGUCGUCGCAGUCGUCCUCGUCCGGAUCGGGGAACAAUAACGGCGGUGGUGGAGGUGGUGGCAAGUCUGGUCAGAAGACAACGCCCAACGGGACGCCACUGGAUGCGCUGUUCCAGAUGACCAACAAGAACUUUGACGAGGCGAACGAAGAUGGGGAGCAAUCCCAUCUGAACCUGUUCGCGAACCGGCCCCAACCAAAGAAGAAGAGGAAAUCGCGGACCGCCUUCACCAACACGCAGAUCUUCGAGCUCGAGAAGCGGUUCCUGUACCAAAAGUAUCUGUCCCCGUCGGACCGGGACGAGAUCGCGGCCGCGCUGGGCCUCUCGAAUGCGCAGGUUAUAACCUGGUUCCAGAACAGGCGCGCGAAGCUCAAGCGCGACAUGGAGGAGCUCAAGAAGGACGUCGAGACGGUCAAGGUGCUGUCCGCGCACAAGACCUUCCUCGAGAACGUCAACGACAUGAACAUCCUGAAGAAGAAGAUCAUGCACGAGGACAGCCUCAGCCCGCAGAAAUAAUACUGGCCACCCGGUGGUAGUAGUUCCCAGCGGCGUCCGGCGCCGGUGACCACUUCCACUUCCGCUCCUCCCUCGACCUCGACCUGCACCUCGAGCGGGCUGCAGGCCGUGAUCGGGGCGUGUCCUGCGACGCCGGCCGAGCAGCAGGCCGCCACCAAAACGCUGAUCAAUCUCACCACCUACGGCAGACUGCUGCAAACGAUUGCCUCCGACAAGACUUGAACCUAUCUAGAGAAACCCGCCGCCGUAGAAUGUCGCCGUUCACCAAACUCAGUGUAGCAUAUAGAGAGCGCAGGCGACGUUCCAAUUCCUAACUAUCGCUGGAGAAACCGAACCUGUGACCCGCAGAACAGGAGAGAGAGAAACGUACAGUGUUUAUAUAGUUAUUAAAGAAUCUCUAUUUUUGUUUUAAUGUUAGAGUUUUCCUAGUUUUUUUAUUCGCUUACCCGUGGUAGAUAAUUUAUUCGACUUAGUGAGGACGCCCUCAAGUCUCAACGCUCUUUCCUAGGUCGUAAGCUAGUGUAAGUCAAAGUUGUGCGUAAGCGUGUGUGAUUUUCACAAAUUUCCUGUAAAGAAUGAACCCAGUCAAACCGCACUCUGUCUUUUUGAACGUGUGCGGCAAGACGGCUACUACUACUUGUAAAUAUACGUGUAAUUCCGUUAUUCGCAACCAGAACCAGUGUAAAGUUUGUUCCUGACUCCCUGUCUCUCUCAUCGGUAGCGUUUCGUGAACCGAAAGUAAACACUCGCGUAAAUAAAAGUUUGGUAAGCCGCUUACCAGGAGGACAGUUAUUUAAUUAAAGUGGUGAACAAAAAAACGAAACGAGUGGCAAUAUUCGAUUUAAUUAAACUGUGUUGAGAAAGAGAAAGCAUAAGUCUCUCAUGUUGACAGUUUUGACAGCUUAAGAGUUGACAGAUUUAACACUUCUUACACUACACUGCACUUUUUGUACUUACCUGAAUUGCGUUCACCUCUAUCACUACUUUCCUAUGUGAUACCUCAAAUCCUACGUCCGUGUUAGGGAACCCUUCAAACCCCAAAUCCAUUUGCUUCAUUCCGCUCUCUUUCUCCGCAACGUCAUCGCACUUUUGAGAAAUCGCACUCUUCAAAGCACUUACUCGCUCGCUCUCACACACAACCACAAAAAGAAGAUAUUUUUCUCUCGCACUUACCUUCGACUGUUUUGAGGUUAUGAUGGGAUGCGUCGUGCCAGAAGCCGCCACCGUGACCGCGCGAAACUUUUUGCCGGCAAAAAUCGAGUAUUAAUUGAAAAAUGAAAUGUUAAAUAAUGUGUUUCCUAUAGUGUAAUUAAAAAGCGGCGCCCGCAAAAGUGUAGUUUAAUUAACAGUGUGAUUACCAGCAGUAGCGGCGGCGGCUUCUUGUGCGGUGUGAGAAAAUAUCUUUUCAGGGCGCACUCGGUAAACUUUUAAAUAAAAUCACUAUCUUUCCGUUGUGUUGGUGUGAUUGAGCGAGUGCUAAAAACAGAGCUUGUUGUUCCUACCGAAGGAAGCGAAACUCACAAGAAUGAUUAUUGUACAUAUUUUAACAAGUAUUGAAAACGGUCCUCGUUUUUUUUUUGUAAUUGUUUCCCGCACCAUUUGUGGACCCCUCGAAAACGAACAAAAAGGGUCUGGGCGGGGGGCGUGGAGUUAUUCAAUUUAAGAGCGCUACCGAAGCGAGAACGAACUGUCAUGUAAUUACUAUGCAAUGAACACACACAAACACACUCACUCACUCACACGAGAUGGUCUGUACUAAAGAAAUGGAGAGAAGAAGAAGCAAAAAUUAUGAUGUGUAAGAUAAAUCUUGUCCGUCGCCGCCACCGCUGCGAGUGCUGCGCGGUUCGGUGGGGGAAAUCAUUUAUGAGAUGAAAAAAUAUAAAACUAAAAUCAAAUUUAAA